AUGGCGGGCAAAGCCAACUUUCCUCUGUUUAAAUUCCCUAGCAAUGGAGUUUAUGCCAUGAGUGUCUUUUCCAUCCUUAGCCUGAGUGUGUGUCGGUACCCCCUGGGAAUGUCCGGAGGGCAGAUUCAGGAUGAGGACAUCUCGGCCUCAAGCCAGUGGUCCGAAUCCACCGCUGCUCGAUACGGCAGGUUGGACUUUGAAGAGGGUGACGGCGCCUGGUGUCCAGAGAUCACGGUGGAGCCGGACCACCUGAAGGAGUUCCUGCAGAUUGAUUUGCGCUCACUCCACUUCAUCACCCUUGUGGGGACGCAGGGUCGCCACGCCGGCGGCAUUGGUAACGAGUUCGCCCAAAUGUACAAGAUCAAGUACAGCCGCGACGGCAGCCGUUGGAUCUCGUGGAGGAAUCGGCAAGGCAAGCAGGUGAUCGAGGGCAACAGGAAUGCUUAUGACAUCGUGCUGAAAGACCUGGAGCCGCCUGUGAUCGCUCGGUUUGUGCGCUUCAUGCCCGUCACUGAUCACUCCAUGAAUGUCUGCAUGAGGGUGGAGCUGUACGGCUGCGAAUGGCUUGAUGGUCUGGUUUCGUACAACGCUCCGGUGGGCCAGCAGAUGAACUUACCCGAGCACACCGUCUACCUCAACGACUCGGUCUACGACGGAGCCGUCAUCCACAGUAUGACCGAGGGCUUAGGCCAGCUGACGGACGGCGUGUGCGGAUUGGACGAUUUCGCAGACAGCCACGUGUACAACGUGUGGCCCGGCUAUGACUACGUGGGCUGGAACAAUCACAGCUUCCCUGAACGCUACGUAGAAAUCAUGUUUGAGUUUGAUCGCAUAAGAAACUUCACCACAAUGAUGGUUCACUGCAACAACAUGUUCACGCACAACGUGAAGACCUUCCAACAGGUGGUCUGCUACUUUCGCUCAGAGUUGGAUUGGGAACCCACGCCCCUCGUCUUCACCCCCGAGAUAGACGACGAGGACCCCGGUGCACGUUUUGUCGCCGUCCCGCUGGCCAAUCACAUGGCCAGCGCCAUUAAAUGCCAGUUCUACUUUGCAGACGUCUGGCUAUUGUUCAGCGAGAUAACCUUCCAGUCAGAUACAGCCAUGUAUAACACAACACUGUCUCCUCCCAAAACAGGACUUCCGCCUGUCAUCCAGCCAGAGGAUGACCCCACCCACAAAGUGGAUGACAGCACUACCCGCAUUCUGAUUGGCUGUCUGGUGGCCAUCAUCUUCAUCCUGGUGGCCAUCAUUGUCAUCAUCCUGUGGAGGCAGGUGUGGCAGAAGAUGCUAGAGAAGGUGACCUUCAAACGCAUGUCAAAUAACGCUGAUUCCCUUUAUUAACAGAGCGAGACCUUCGCCUACAGUCACAACCAGCCAAGCAGCACCACCAGUGAACAAGAAUCCAGCUCCACUUACGAACGCAUCUUCCCGCUGGGUCCGGACUACCAGGAGCCAUCGCGGCUUAUAAGCAAGCUUCCCGAGUUCGCACAGAGCUCAGAGGAACCUGCCUCCAGCAGUACGUCAACCCAGGAUGGUGUCCCACACUAUGCCGAAGCGGACAUUGUAACCCUGCAGGGAGUGACCGGAGGCAACACGUACGCCAUCCCUGCGCUCGCCAUGGACCUUCUCUCCGGAAAAGACGUGGCGGUCGAGGAGUUUCCAAGGAAGCUCCUCACAUUUAAAGAGAAGCUAGGAGAGGGCCAGUUCGGAGAGGUGCAUCUUUGUGAGGCAGAAGGAAUGCAGGAGUUUAUGAAUAAAGAGUUUUUAUUUGACGUGCCAGAAGAAGCAAUGGUUUUAGUGGCGGUGAAGAUGCUGCGGGCAGAUGCGAGCAAAAAUGCAAGGAAUGACUUCCUAAAAGAGAUCAAGAUCAUGUCUCGCCUGAAGGACCCCAACAUUGUUCGCCUGCUGGCCGUGUGCAUCUACAGCGACCCCUUGUGCAUGAUCACAGAGUACAUGGAAAACGGGGACCUCAACCAGUUUUUGUCCCGCCACGAGCCAGAGGGACAGCUGGCAGUGCUCAGCAAUGCGCCUACUGUCAGUUUUAGUAACCUGUGCUACAUGGCUGCCCAGAUAGCGUCAGGCAUGAAGUACCUCUCCUCACUUAAUUUUGUACACCGAGACUUGGCCACACGUAACUGCCUGGUGGGCAAGAGCUUCACCAUCAAGAUAGCCGACUUCGGCAUGAGCAGGAAUCUAUACAGCAGCGACUACUACCGCAUCCAAGGCCGAGCGGUGCUGCCCAUCCGUUGGAUGUCCUGGGAGAGCAUCCUUCUGGGUAAAUUCACCACAGCGAGUGACGUGUGGGCUUUCGCCGUCACCCUGUGGGAGAUACUGAACUUCUGCAAAGAGCAGCCCUACUCGCAGCUCACGGAUGAGCAAGUCAUCGAAAACACGGGGGAGUUCUUCAGAGAUCAGAAACGACAGAUCUACCUGCCACAACCUGUACUGUGCCCGGACACACUCUACAAAGUCAUGCUGGGCUGUUGGAGGAGAAACACCAAGGAAAGGCCUUCCUUCCAGGAAAUACACCGAGCCCUCCUGGAAAUACAACUUUAG